CUUCUCUUCCUUAUUUAUGGGAAGAUCCUUUUUAUUCAUGUGUCGGAAGAAACUAUACGAGUUUACAAAAAAUAAUUUAUUAUUUAUCUAAUAAAGAAAGUGUUUUGUUUCAAAUUUAUUCUUCUUACUUUGAUAAUUAUUUUGAUAAUAUAGAAAAACUUCUUUUCGAUUAUUUAUCCUUCAUCAGACAAAUUCGUGUUGAUAAUAUUUUUAGUAUCAUUACUCAUGGAAUUGAUUAUGAAUUCGAUCCCCAUAAAGAUGGGAAAACCCAAAUCACAAAAACC